UUAGAAUAUAAUUUAAUUAAUUUAAUUAAUUAUAUUAUUAAUUAUGUUUCAUACCUUUUAAGAUGGAUUACUGUAUUAAUUCUACUCUUUGUGACCAUUUGAGAAAAACAUCACGGCAUCCAAUUUUCAUGACUCUUGGAAAUAUUCCCUUAGCACGUCACAACAAAAUUGAUGCUAAAAUUUUACUUGGUUAUAUACCAAAUCUUGAAUCUUACAAUGUAUCUGAAAAACAAUCAACCAAGUUUCGUAUAGCAAUACGCAAACUUUUUCAUCAUGCUCUUGCAACUUUAUUAAAACCUUUGAAAAUUAUAAGCAAUACUGGUAUUCAUCUGUAUGUCAAUGAUAGUAUCAGAUGGUUUUAUCCAUUACUAGCACUUAUAAUUUCAGAUUGACCUGAAGCUUGUACAAUGUGUAAUGUCUAUGGGACAUCAAAUUCUUUACAUCCAUGUCAUUUUUGCCUCGUAGACCAUAAUGCAAUGAAUGAUGUAUAUUAACGAAGAAAACAUUAAAAUUCGUAAUGAAAAUGAUACUAAAGAUGCUUUGCGCCAUGGUAAUGGUAAGCAAAUCUCAGUAUAUAAUAUAAGAAGUGCUUUAUGGAAACAACCGUGAGUAACUCAAUUUUGAAAUUAACUUUGGUUUAAACUUUGGAUAAUAAAA